AUCCGAAAGGCCAAGAGGCAAAACCCCCUCGGCCCAAACCCUUGUUCCCCUCUUUCCUCAGCCCCCGCCUCUCCCCUCCCGUCGGCGGCAACUCCACUAACCCUAAUUCGCAACCUAGAGUUCCAAUCUCCUCGUCCCUCUGGCCAUCAUGGCUUCGGAGGACGAAGCGAAUGCAGCGGCGGCGGCGGAGGGAGAGGCUUCGGAGGGGAAGAAUUGGCGUCGGAAGGGGAAACACGACAAGGACAAGCCGUGGGACAAUGAUCCCACCAUCGACCGCUGGAAGGUGGAGAGGUUCGACCCGUCCUGGAACGAAGGCGGCAUGCUGGAAGUCACCUCCUUCUCCACCCUCUUCCCCCAAUACCGAGAGAAGUAUCUGCAGGAGGCAUGGCCGACUGUGAAGGGCGCACUGAAGGAGUUUGGGAUCACUUGCGAGCUCAAUUUGGUGGAGGGAUCCAUGACGGUUUCAACCACAAGGAAGACUCGGGAUCCCUACAUUAUUGUUAAGGCCAGGGACCUGAUAAAACUCUUGUCGCGUAGUGUCCCGGCACCUCAGGCAAUUAAAGUACUCAACGAUGAGAUGAACUGUGAUAUUGUCAAGAUUGGUAGCAUCAUAAGGAACAAGGAAAGAUUCGUCAAAAGGAGAGAACGCCUAUUAGGUCCUAAUUUGUCUACCCUUAAGGCUAUAGAGAUUUUGACUGGCUGCUAUAUCUUAGUUCAGGGAAAUACUGUUGCUGCCAUGGGUUCCUUUAAGGGACUGAAACAAGUCCGGAGGAUCGUCGAGGAUUGCAUAAAGAACAUAAAACAUCCAGUAUACCACAUUAAGGAACUCCUAAUCAAACGUGAGCUGGCGAAAAAUCCUGCCCUGGCCACUGAAAGCUGGGACAGGUUUCUCCCGAACUUUAAGAAAAAGAAUGUCAAGCAAAAGAAGCCGAAUACUAAGGAGAAGAAACCAUACACACCCUUUCCGCCUCCUCAACAGCCUAGCAAGAUUGAUCUUGAACUGGAGAGUGGCGAGUAUUUCAUGAGUGACAAGAAGAAGUCAGCAAAGAAAUGGCAAGAGAAGCUGGAUAAGCAAUCAGAGAAAAUGGAAGAAAAGAAAAGAAAGAGAGAAGCCGCAUUUGUUCCACCGAAGGAGAACUCUGCAGGUCCAUCUGAAUCUGCCAAGCCUACCCAUGCCAAAAAUGAGAUUGCCGAUAUUACGAAAUCCUUAAAGAACAAGGCAAAGAAAUUCCGAAAUAGUGAAGCACAGGAAAAUGUUAAAGUUGACUCAUAUAUUGCUACCAAUGAAGAACCACAGACCAAAAAGAAGCGCAAAUCGUCUUCCAAGUAGCCUCAACCUGAAUGACCAUGCCAGGGACUUGGAUGGUAAUUUUAUUUUUUAAUGAUAUAUCCAUUGCCACUUUGUUGUUGUAUACUGUGCUAGUAUGUCAUUCUGUGGUUGAUACGGAACUACAAAAAGAAAUGAUGUGGGGACUUCUAUUUUUGUGAUAGCUCCAAAUCGAUCUGAGUUUGCA